AUGGUUAGCUGUGACGACUGUGAACGGUGGUUUCAUUUUGACUGCGUCGGAGUUAACGCAGAUGUGGCCAACCACGAUUGGAGCUGUCAGGAAUGCAUCGUUGCCAGAGUUCCUGCUCCACGACCGCCGCAUCCACGAACUCCUACAGGUGAGCCUUUACUGCACCCGCAGUCACCAGUUCCACUUCUGCCCACACCGCAAACACCAAUCUCGCCGGUACCCUCACCACGACUGCAAACUCCGCGAACACCGAUCGUGCCACCGCGUAGUCCGUUGCCAAAUCCGCAACCACCUACACCACGUCCUCGGACACCACGAUUUCCAAAUCUGCAGCCACCAACCCCACGUCCGCGUACUCCACGAACACCGAUUGUGCCACCGGAUGUGCCGCUAGUUCCCAGACAAGCCUUUGUUGAUCCCGAUCUAGUUAACAAACUUCCUACUGAGCUCCGGAUCCAGCUGUUGGAAGAAGAGGAAGCCAUCGAGCGCAAGUUUAUGUUACGUAGGUUUCAGCUUUUGCUUGACUCAUCAGCGAGUUUCAAACCUGUGGUUCAAGGCAACUGUAACAGAAGUGAUCCAGCACGUAACGAUGUAAGAGAUGAUCCUGUUUUUCAUUCGUCGCCUAUGAACGAUCAUCGUCGCAACAUUCCACCAUUUGCUCCACCUAUGGUCCACCAAAAUCGUAACGAGUCAACAUUCAUUCCGCGUCUGAGAGAGCAACAACUGUACGUCCCGGUUGACGUUCCACCUUUGGUCAACAAUCGACCCAAUUUUUCGGCCAUUGAUCCACCUCGAGUCAAUCAACAGCGGCAUAUACCGGCAGUUAAUCCAGCCUACCAACGACCCAAUGCUUCGACGUUUGCUCCUCCUCAGACCGACCAGCGUCCGCAUAUUCCAUUGUUUUCCCAGCCGAAUCACCAUCAGCACCAGAACGCUUCCGCGUUUGCCCCAUAUGUUGGUCUUCCGCGUCCUACUGCUCAAGUGAACCACCCAUAUGACUAUCAUGACUUUCCUUCCGCCAUGGGAGCAACGGCGCUGCUGAAUGGAAGCCAAAUCGCCGCUCGUCAUGCGGUCUCGAAGGAGUUACCAGUAUUCACCGGUGAACCAGAAGAGUGGCCGCUAUUCUUUGCGUCCUUUGAGAACACCACACACCUCUGCGGAUUUUCACCCGAAGAAAACAUGGUUCGUCUGCAGAAGUGCCUCAAAGGAAAAGCGCUGGAAGCGGUGAGAUGUCAGCUAUUGCACCCUAGCAACCUGGAACAAGUAAUCUCCACGCUAAAGAUGCUUUUUGGGCGUCCAGAAAUCAUAGUACAUUCACUGCUGCAGAAAAUUAAUAUUCUGCCUGCUCCCAAAGCGGAUCGUCUUGGUACGCUUGUUGAUUUCGCUUUGGCCGUGCGUAAUAUGGUGGCUACCGUUAAAGCCUGUCAAUUAGAGGAGCACCUAUGCAACCUCACUCUUCUGCACAGCUUAACUGAACGGCUUCCUCCGAUGAUUCGAUUGAAUUGGGCGACUCAUCGACAGUCUCUUCAUGCCGUGACGAUAUCAGAGUUCAGUGACUGGCUAUACAACCUAGCGGAAGCAGCUAGUACCGUGACAAUGCCACAGUUUUCAAGUUCAUUCGACAGCAAAUCUCAUCGCGGGCGGAAGGAUGAUGGAUUCUUGAACGCUCACACCGAAAUAGAUGCGAAGGUUAAGCAACCCGAAGUUAGCGGUGGUUGCCUCGUCUGCCAUGGAGAUUGCGUUGCAGUUGAGAAGUGCGAGAAAUUUCUGUCGUUCGGUCUUUCCGUUCGAUGGGACACACUCCGGGAGUACAAGCUAUGCCGUAGUUGCCUGGGCAACCAUCGUGGUCCCUGUAAGAUUGGAAAACUAUGUGGGAAGAAUGGCUGCCAGUACAAACAUCAUCGGCUUCUGCACAACGAUGCGAAGGAUAAACAAGAGACGUUGUCAUCCAGUUCGGACAACCGUGGUCCUCAGCUAGGAACCAAAAGUUCGCCAGAAACCGAAUCAUGCAACACGCAUCGUGGAGGAAAUAAAGCUGUAUUAUUCCAGUACAUUCCAGUUAUUUUGUACCACAAUGGAAUUGAGCUGCGUACACAUGCAUUCCUGGACAGUGGAUCUUCCCUGACAUUGAUGGAGGAGAGUUUGGCGAAAGAAUUGAACCUGCGAGGUGAGAAGUAUCCACUUUGUCUGCGCUGGACUGCUGAUACAUGCCGAUAUGAAAAAGAUGCCACAAUUGUCUCUUUGAGCAUCUCCGGCACGCACAGCAGUAGUAGCCAGCACAGCCUGUCGGAGGUCUACACUGUUAAAGAUCUGAAGCUUCCGUCACAAUCUCUUCCUGCACGUAAGCUGUCAGGAAAGUACGCUCAACUUAAGGGUCUGCCGAUAGAACCAUACAACAACGUUCGUCCAAAGCUAUUAAUCGGGAUGAGCAAUGUUAGGGUACUGCAUCCCCUAGAAGGCCGUGAAGGAAAGCUAGAUGAGCCUGUAGCAGUUAAGACACGUCUAGGUUGGACGGUCUAUGGCACUUGUCCGUCGGCAGGUGGUAUGGCAUCAGAUGAAACUCCACACAACUUCCAUAUCUGCUUCCAUUCUCACGGUUCGGACGAAAGUCUGCACGAAGCUGUCAAGAACUAUUUCGCACUUGACAGUUUAGGCAUCAGUGUGCAACGAAAUCAGCUACUCUCCAAGGAAGAUGAACGCGCUUUGGCAAAACUGCAAGAAACUACAUCCUUCAAGGACGGGCAAUACGAAGUAGGCCUACUCUGGAAAUUUGACGACGUGCGUUUGCCCAACAACCGUACCAUGGCAUUGAGACGUCACCGUUGCUUGACAAAGAGGAUGGAACGUGAGCCUGAUUUAUCAGAGACAUUGCGGGAAAAAAUGGCGGACUACGAGCGCAAAGGGUACAUUCGCAAACUCACACCCGAAGAGAGCCGAAAGACCGGAAAUCGAACAUGGUACCUGCCGAUAUUCCCGGUGUUCAACCCCAACAAACCAGGGAAAGUUCGGAUAGUGUUCGAUGCAGCCGCUUGUUUUGGAGGUGUCUCCCUGAAUUCUAUGUUGAUGAAAGGCCCAGAUCAAUUGAAUGAUCUUCCACCUGUGCUGUAUAAGUUUCGAGAAAGGUUGAUAGGCCUGGGAGGCGACUUAGCGGAGAUGUUUCAUCAGAUGCGGAUGAAAGCUGAAGAUGAAGAUAGUCAGCGGAUCGUGUGGUGCGCUAACGCAGACACAACAGAACCAUGUGACUACGUGAUGCAGGUGGUGACAUUCGGUGCUACAUGUUCACCCAGCACGGCGGGCUACAAAUGGUGA